AUGAGAACUAAAAGUCAUAAUAAGGCAAAAUCUUUACACACAGUUCAGGAGGUCUCCAAUACCAAGACAUUCUUUAUCAGUCGAAUGACCCAAAGAUCUUUUAUCAAGAGUAUCGUUCCCCCUCUGUCUCUUCCUUAAGUUCCUCAGAUUUAGGUACCAGCUCCUCUUACUGGAAGAGUUGUAGCCAGAAAGGUGAUAAAGGCAACUUAAUUAAAAACAUAAGAGAGUGUUCCCGAGAGCGAGAUAAAACAAUAGCAAUCAAUUUUCAAAUUAGUUGCAUCUGCUGAAUUUAAAAAUAUCAUUACAGAAGAGAAGUCCAAGAAGGAGGAUGAUAAAAAUUUUACUUUGGAUGGUCCUCUGGAGUUCAAAAAAGAUAAGAGGAGGAAAAUCUUUAUAGGUAAUCCUAAUUUGGAAAACUCUUAUAGUUAAAUGGAUGACAAUCUGAACAUCCAAAUGUUUCUGAAAAAGAUCAGAUAAAUUAUUACUACUAGUCAUAUCCAGCACAAUGACUUCCAUACGAACGAGAAUAGUUUUCUGUCAGAUAAAUUCAAGACUCAGAUGACUAGUCCUAGAUUUACAUUUACUAACCAUCUUUCCACAAUAUAGUUUCAGAAUUAGCCCACCUAGUUGCAGAAGGCAGGAACCUUAGUAUCUCAAGUCUUGGAGGCUAUAGAAGAGAAAAAGGCUGAAAUUCAACCAUUACCAUAAAAUAAUCGUCGGAAACUAACUAUAUCAGUCUGUAGUCCAGAAAACUAAGUAGGAGUAUUCUCCUUCAGUAUCCCAGAUUAUGGAUAACGAUUGCAAGAACAAGAGGAAAUCUAAGAAUACACUGACAAACCAAAACAUGUAUUGAAACAAGCAUUACAAUUUGUAAGUAAAUACAAAUUUAUUGUAGAUCACCUCGUAACCCAAGAAAAUGACAACCAAGUUUUCAAAAUCUAUUCUCAAGAUUGUUGGAAUUACUGAAGAGGAGAAUUAACAAGAAGAUGCCCAUUAAUUUUACAACAUAUAAAAAGUAAUUAUUUUAUGAAGUAAGACUAGAAGGUUCAUGAAGAUGUACUUGCAAAAUAAGAUGUCUCGCACAUUCACAAAAUUGGAGGAGAACAUCCUAUUGCAUUUGCAAUUGAUAUAAGAGAAGAGAGGUUCCAUUUCCUUUUCAAAACCAUAUGAAAGUCAACAAUCAAGUCGAGUUUAUUCCUGGUGCACUAAUCAUGCCAAUAGCAAUCAUGAAUCCUUAUCAAAUCCGACAUUCUAAAUCGAAAUCGAUCCUACUCGUUUUCUAUUAACAUAAAUCUAUUAAUGUGAUUACUCAUUUGAUAAUUCAGAGCAACAGAGUCAAAGUUUCAUCAGUGAUAAUCAGAUUACAGAAAUGCUGGAAUGCACGUCCUAAAUUAAAAUUACUAAUCUAGGCAAUCAUAUUCAAUUUAUCAUAAACAGUUUAGAUUGUGUGGAUAGAAAUAUGAUGUUGCAUGACCCCGAUUUCCUUGAUGAUACUAUUAUGGGUUAGGAUUAGAUUAAACCUCCACUUGAUGGUUAAGUAAUGAGAAAUAUUAAUUCUUUGAUGAGAUUUCUUAAAAAAAAAGAUUAAAGUCGAGUUGUUAAAUUGAUGUUUCAUUAGUUUAAUGAUAUUUUGACAGGAGAAUUUGAAGAUCAACAUGAAAUUGACAAUCUGACUACCGAUUAUGGUUUAAUUGAAGUGGAGUCUGAAGACCAACGCUAACCAAGACAAUCUACUAUAAAGAUUGACAUUGCUAAGAUGUUCAUCAAGGCAGCUAAACCAAUUCAGAAAAAGAAAUCUAAUCAAGAUCAAUCUCCAUCUAGUGAGAGAUCAAAUCAAAAGCAUAAUUCUAAAAUUAUAUCCUCUCCGCGACAUCAAACUGUUAUUCAGCCAAACAAGCCUGUCAAACAAUUAUUAGAGGCUACUUCCAGUUAGAUAAGUGUUUUAAGAAGGAGAAGCGAUUCUCCCCAAGAAGAAAACAGCAUCAAAGAAAAUAGCAAUACCAACACUACUCAAUCUAAUAAAAUGAAGGCCACUACUCAAACCAUUCAAAAUACGACGGCUCCUAUCUCACAAAAAGAGGACCCGAUUAAACCCAGUGCCACGAAGAGUCAAGAGAGGAGAAAUGCUGUUAUGAUAUCUUCCAUGAGUAAACACUCCUUACAAAUGAGAACUCAAAUUACGGAGGCUCGUAGAAGGUAAUCUAUUCCUGUUAUGGAAAUGGUUAAGUUGUUGAUAGUGGAACAAAAGUUAUCUGAAGUAUUAAGUUGCUUAUAUAAUUGUAUAGUUGGAAGAGGUCUUUGUCAACAAUCCGAAUUUGCCUAUCAAUGAGAAACUGAAAGAUGGAGAUACGUUUUUAAUAGUUGCAGCUCAAACUGGCAAUGUCGACAUAGUUGAAUUAAUUUUACAUAAAGGAGCUGCUGUAAAUUUAUAAAAUGUAAUUGUAUUCUGCUUAUAACUUAAGAAUUAUGGUGAUACAGCUUUGCACAAAGCUAUUGCUUACAGUUACUUCAAUAUUGCUGACAUCUUGAUUUCUUAGGGAGCACAAAACUUGAGAAAUCAUGAUGGCUUUACUCCUUGGCAAUUCGUGUAAUGA